UUUCACCACAAAACCCCCAAAGCACAAGCCUUUCUCUCUUUCGAUCACAAAACACACAGAAAACCCAAGAUGGUUUCCUCAACAUCUCUUGUAAUCUCUCCGAGAAAGUUCAGAUCAGACUUGUACUCAUAUCCAUACCAGGCGGAUUCCAACACCCCUUUGGUGGUUAAUGUUCUUGCUUCUCUUAUUGAGAGAAACAUGGCCAGGAACCAAAGGAUUUCCAAGAACUGCAGCCCUUGGUACUUGUCCAAAGACAUGAAGAAGACUCGAAUUUUCGAGUGUCACGAGACUCCGGACAUGACGAUUCAGUCGUAUUUGGAGAGGAUUUUCCGGUACACAAGAGCCGGUCCGUCUGUUUAUGUGGUCGCAUACGUAUAUAUCGACCGGUUCUGCCAGAACAAUCCUGGUUUCCGAAUCAAUGUCACAAAUGUGCAUAGAUUACUCAUCACAACUAUAAUGGUGGCUUCGAAAUAUGUAGAAGACAUGAAUUACAGAAAUUCUUACUUUGCAAGAGUCGGGGGAUUAACAACAAACGAGCUGAACAAGUUGGAACUUGAGUUUCUAUUCUUGAUGGGAUUCAAGUUACAUGUGAAUGUGAGUGUGUUUGAGAGCUACUGUUGUCAUCUAGAAAGAGAAGUUAGUAUUGGAGGAGGCUACCAAAUUGAGAGCACACUGAGAUGUGCAGAAGAAAUCAAAACAAGGCAAGAUGAAGAUAGAAGAUACAACCAGUGUGCUGGUCUUUUGUUGUAGAUCGAAUCAAGGAUAUUUCUGUUUUUUUUUAGCCUAGCAAUCCAUUUGUACAGGUUGAUGUAAAUUUGUGUAUAUGUAUGUUGUUACAUCUUUCCUCUGGUAAAUUACAUACCUAUAUACAGUUGCAUACUACAGUAAUAGCAUUUAUGCAUCAAUGUAGCUUUAUAUAUGCAUCUUCAAGAAUAAAAUAGCUUUU